CGAGCGCGCCCCUGGUUGCCUGGGAAACCUAACAGCUUGCAGCCGCUGUCCACACCCGGGCCGACCUGGGCGAAGAUGGACCGUCCCUCAGGGCACGCUGGGGACACUGCGAGCGAAGGCGAAGAUGGAGACAGCCUGGCUUCGAGGCCGACCGAGAUCAGAGAUAGCCCUCGCCCCCAAACCCCCACGGAACCGGAGGAACCACAGCUCGAGCUGGAGGCGGGAGCGGAGGAGGUAGAGGCUUCGGAGGGAGGCACUGACACGGACGAGCAGCCCGCGGCCACGGAAGGGCUGGCGGCCACCGAGGCUGCGGGCGAGGAUGAGCCCAGAGAGCCGGAGAGGCCGGCCGAGCCCGAGCCCGAGCCCGAGCCCGAGCCUGAGCCUGAGGAGCCCACCGGGGCUGGGCCCUCGGAGUCCGCCAAGCCGCAUAGUGAAGGCAGCUCGGAGGAGGCGGAGGAUGAAGAGAAGGCUGAGGCGGAGAAGGCAGCGAGGAGGAAGAGGACAGCCUCGUUCCGGAGGUCGCUGGAGCUGACUUCGAUCCUUGAGGAGCAAGCGAGACGGGAGGACGGGGAGAGAAAGGGGGAGGAGGAGGAGAAAAGGGGGGAGGAGGAGGGAGAGCAGGCGGGGGAGGAGGAGGGCGAGGGGCCAGCGGGGGAAAGAGACCGAAGGAAGAGUGAGAAAGAGCAGAUACACUGGAGGGUGGGCGGAGGGGAGGACGAGGAGUGGUCGGAGGAGGUGAAGAAGCAGCAGGAGCAGCAGCUGCGCGUGGAGCUCCUGGAGCAGUACCACUCCCUGGUGGUGGAGCGCUCCCGCUACCAGCGCUACAACCUGUACCUGCAGCAGAAGAUCUGCGAGGCACUGCGCAGGAAAAAGGGCCUGGAUGCCACCACGGAGACGCCAGACAAGGGCCCCGAGCCCGACGCCCCGGAGAAGGAGCAGGCCUACCUGCACUACCUGGCCACGCUGGAGGAGCUGAAGAAGCAGGAGAUGGACGACCUGGAGUGGUACCAGAAGGAGGUGGGCCAGCUGAAGCAGCAGUGCCAGGAGAAGCUGGCCAGGGUGGAGAAGAAGUGGCGCCACUUCCAGGCCCUCAAGAAGCAGGUGGUGAUGCAGGCCAUGGGCAGCUGCCGCAUGAGGGGCGGGCGCCAGGCUGCUCUGCGGGAGGUGGAGCAGAUCCAGGCCUUGGAGGACAAAAAGGAGAAGGAGAUGAGCGCUGUGCGGCUGGAGAACGUGCAACUGAAGCAGAGUCUGGCGCAUUUUGAAACCAGGAUGAGGGCCCAGGAGGACUUGGCCGAGGGGCUGCUCCUCAUUGAUUUUGAGCAGCUGAAGAUCGAGAACCAGACCUUCAAUGAGAAGGCCGAGGAGCGGAACGAGGAGGUUCUCAAACUGCGCAGCAAGGUGACCAACAACGUGCAGAUCAUAACCCACGUGAAGGAGAAGCUGCACUUCAUGGACAUGAAGAACACAUACAAAAAGAUGGAGCUUUUGGGAAUUGAGGCCCAGGUGGCCGCCAGAAGGGACAUCUUGACCAAGACUAAGCAAGCCCGAGACAGUCUGCGGGCGGACAACCGCAAGCUGAAUCAGAAGUGUGGGCUACUGGGCAAGGAGUCACUCCUGCGGGACCUGGAGGAAAAGGUAGAUAAGACUGAGCUGCUCACCCAGCGCCUAGAAUCCCUCAAGCGCCACCACGCUGGGCUCAUGUUGUCCUGCAAAGGCGUGAAGCAGAAGAUCAGAGAAGCCAAAGCCUUCCUCCCCUCCUGACCCCCCUGGCAGGAAAACAGAAUGUUCACCGUCUCAGCGGACUCUGACCUUCAUUCACUUUUCCUCUCCAUUGCCACCAUUCGUUGGGACUUGUUAUAUUUAGGAUGGAACUAUAUUUUUGUCUCACAAUUUUUCAGCUUCUGAAUUUGUGCUGAGCCCAAACGUGGGUUAAUAGUUUUGUAUGGGAUUAAGCAGGAGGGGCCGGGAGACAAAAACAGGUGACUGUAAAUGACUUCUGACAAAAAGCUGUCAAAAUAUCUUUCUAGCUGAACAACUCUGUCAUUUCAAGGACUGAAUAUUAAAAAAUGCUGUUCCCUUUU